AUGGCAACGGCAGAGCCAACCACUACGGCAGAUCUGUCAGAACUAAAACAACAGCGAGCAUAUACGAAAGCGAGUAUUUCAAGAAUCAAGGCGUUCGUCAAAGGAAAGAGUAAUUCGCUCUCACAACCAGAACUGAAAUGUCGACUAGGUAUUUUAGAAUCAUAUUUUAAACAAAUCUUAGCCUUUCAGACAUUGAUCGAGAAAUUAGAUGCAACUGACUCAGCUAGAGAUGAAUUAGAAGACCUAUACGUUUCCACCAAAAUAUUAAUCAUGUCUCAACUGCAGGAAGAGGCCCACAAUGCAUCAGUUCUAGACGUAACAGCAAUGAUGCCCACCUCAAAUCGCGAAAUAUACCUCACAAAUAUUGAAAAAUUUAAUCACUUGCUGAACUGCCUUACUGGUCAAGCUCUAGAGACAGUACAGGCAUUUCCUAUUUCGAAUGAAAACUAUCCAAAGGCUCUGGAUAGGCUUAAAUCGCGCUAUGACAAUAAUAGCCUAAUCUUCGCCGAAAAUAUUGCGACACUAUUUGAUCUACCAGCAGUAUCGGGUCAGUCAAGCCAACAACUUCGUAGUCUGGUAAACAAUGCAUCCGCUUUGUAUGGUUCACUCUGUUCGCUAGGUACAGAGAAACAAAUAUGUGAGGCUCUACUUAUCUCGCUAAUCAUGCAAAAAACGGACGCAAUUACACGUAGGAAAUGGAAUGAAUCGCGUAACUUCGACACAUUACCCAGUUGGGAAGAUUGCUCAAAAUUAUUGGAUAGGCAUUGCCAGUUUCUCGAAUCACUCGACAGUGGAAACGGCAAUCAGUCAUCAUCACAACGUAAACCUAAUAAUCUUAACUCCAAGAGUAACAGACGCUCAAAACAAUACGCAUUUGUUGCAUCUACAUCCAGCAAUUCUUGCUCAUUUUGUUCUAGCAAUGAACACCUAAUACAGAAUUGUCAUCGUUUUAAGGCACUGGAGGUGGUUCAAAGGUUUGAAAAGGUAAAGAGCCUAAAACUCUGCAUAAACUGCUUAUCGCCACGCCAUCAUGUGGUUAAUUGCACAUCAACGUUUAAAUGUAAGGUUUGCGCAAAGCCACAUCACACUCUCUUGCAUCAUUCGCAAUUGCCAACGAAUAUUAAGAGCGCGGGAUCAUCACGACGCACAGAACACGCUGCUAUGCCCAACGACAACGUUGCCAGCCAUUCCCAUCUUAAUAUGUCAUCGGCCGAGCAAAUAAUUCUAGCCACUGCAUUGGUUUUAGUGAAGGAUUCAUCGGGAAGUUAUCAAGUGGGUAGAGCCUUACUUGAUUCAUGCUCUCAGGUCAACUUCAUAACGGAGGAGUUUUCAAAGAAGCUUAGUUUAGCAAAACAUAAACAUCGGUUGCAUGUUUCCAGUAUUGGUAGUUCGUUGACCAACAUAAAGUAUCAGACGCUCACAUCAAUCAAAUCUCGUCAUUCAAAUCUUGAACUUGCUUUAAACUUUGGUAUUAUGAAUCACAUCGCAUAUCAACCAAGUUCUGAAAUCGAUAUAUCGUCGUGGAAGGUUCCACCAAAUACACCUCUCGCCGAUGAGCAAUUCUUUAAAUCCAAGCGCGUUGAUCUCUUGCUUGGAGCUGAAAUACAGAUACUUCCAUUACUAGAAGAAAAAUUAAAACAAAUGUCGACAACGUGUUCAGUAUCAGUGCAGCAUAUGUUUCUCAUGCCACAACGUACAGCAUCAGGACGAAGGAUGUACAAUUCAUGA